AUGGCGUGAAUCGUGAUGGCCUGGUGAUUACACCAUGCUGGCUUGUUUGUUCCUUCUUCGGAACUCAGGUCUCCUAUUUCUUUUGUGAGGAGGCUCCAAAGUCCGCCAUACUGAUCCCCACCCGAGCAGCUCGUCCCAUUCGUGCUUCCUGGCUUGCCUGAUGUAAACGGCCAACUGCUACAAGUAGCUAACCCACUGCGUAGUUUGAAUUUAGGUCAACUGAAGGCUAUGGCUGCGACUAGCUCCAGAAAGAUGACGUCUGUCAACGCGGAUCCUAAAUGCUUCUCGCAUCACUCCUCUGCCGAUUUUUACGACGAGCUUCGCAACAAGCUUCGUUCGGGGAUACGUGACGACGACCACACAUUACCGCAACCCACUCAUGAUGAAUGCUAAGCUGUGUGUAAGGGGGUGUCCAAAUCGAUUUUUGAGUCGACUCAUUACACACGAAUGCCUUGUCCCGCCAAACUUGCUCCUAUGACUGGUCACCGGACCGAAGGCUCCCCUCCAACCCAGCCUUUUCCCUACACGCGGCUCCCAGCUUCGGCGCCGGACCGGAGCCAACAAGCGACGUCUUGACUCUUGACGCGCACUCUGCUUUUGAGUCGACUCAAGAGCAUUCGGUACCCUUCCGUCGAAAGCAGCUGCUACAAGAUUAGCUUCAGCUGCUUGCGAAGAAACCGAUCAGCUUUCGAAGAGACCGCCGAUUGCAACACCACCAACAACUGAGCCGCAGAUUCAUCGCCGAGCAGCAGCCUGAGGACGACUCAUUAUCGCCAGGGACCUUCUCUCAUGACGGAGAUUCAUUACCGCCAUGAUGCUCCCUAGAAGCAGAUCAUGCCCUUUUCCGGCCAGCGACCUUCCCUCAGCACUCUCCGCACUCUCCGCACUCUCCGCACUCUCCGCACUCUCCGCACUCUCCGCACUCUCCUGAUUGCCGCGACUUCGUCACCGGCCCCCGUCCCUUCCCAUCCCCAUGUCUCCGAACAGCCGAGGCAGCAGCCCGAGCAGCCGGGUGUGCGUCUGUCAUGCUACCAGCAGCAGUGCUCCUCGCGAAUCAGCGGCGGGUCAGGCCUCUCCCGAAUCUCCCGAAUCUCCCGAAUCUCCCGAAGCUUCCCGUAAUCCCCCCCGCGAUGGUCGUUUCUGCGACAAAUCGGGCCACAACCCGCGUCUCCCGCUGCACGGCCGAAUCGCCGCCGGAUCUCGCGGCGAAACUCGUCUCGCCGGCGAGGUGCCGCUUCACGCGCUGCCGUUUCCGUCGCUGCCGGCCGCCGGCGACGCAGCGAUCGCGGCCGACGAAGACGGCGGUUACUUACGGCGUAGCCGAAGCACGCGCGCGAGUUACGGUUGCGGCAACGACAACAGGCGCUCGUUUCAUGUCGCGGACGUUAACGUCAACGUUAACGUUGUCGAUGACACUGACAGCAGUCCCUCUGACGGAUUGUCGCAUAAGUCAUGGCACAGCGCGCCGCUGACGAGCGUUAUUUCGCCUUCAAGCACAACCGUUACAAGCACAUCCACCGCCGACGCAAUAGUGGGCGCCUCACCCUCCUCAUCCUCCUGCUACGCCCCGAGCCAUAUCAGCCGCUCGAUCAAAUCCGUCACGUCAGACCUCUCGAUCAACGGCUGUGAUCCAUCCUCCGACGAAACCCCUGCCGCUUCUCCAGCUGCCGCUUUUCCCCCAAGCGCCACUCCUUCCGCCGGUGUGGCCCCCUUCCCCCCAACGAUCUCCCCAAACUUCCCCCGAUCUUUCCCCGCCCCCUCGCGCGCAGCCUCCCUCCCCCUGUCUUCCGCCACUCCCCCAUACUCCCCCGCAGAGAAUUUCCCCAGACGCUCGCGAACCGGUAACUUGUCGCUAGCGCCUUGCGAGUUACCACCCGAGCCUUGCUCUGGAGCAGCGCGAAGCAGGUUACCACCAGAGCCUCGCCGAAUUUCGCGGUGUAUCUCGGACGAGAGUUACCUGCGCGCAUUGCCAAGCCUGAGGAAGGGGGAAGGAGGGGAGGAGGGGGGCUUUCCAUGGGUUAGCGGAGUGAAAUCAAGCCGGGGGUGCGGGGUGAUGCCCAUAUGCGCAAUCAACCCCAUGAGCGGAUGCAAUCCUACUGGUUGCAGAGGGUGCGGAAUGGGAGCUGCGCCAGGGGGGUGGGGGGAAGGGGAGGCGCGCGCGGAGGAUCCCACCCCCCAUGGGCGCCGGAGACAGAUCACAAAGUCAAGCCAGGUCAUCAGCAAAGUCAACGCAAGUCAACAGCAGUCUCCGCUCCAUCUUCGGCCCAAUGCCAGGCCAGAGCUAGCCGGAUCGCAGAGCUGGGACGAGGCCAGCUGGCGGGAGGCUGCAGCACAUGCUCCUGUCACGUCAGCAGAGCCCUUGGGCCAUUGCAAUCCUGGUUUCGUGAGGCGAAUUGCCAAGUGGAGGCAAGGCGAGAGGGUGUCGAAGGAUGGAGGGGAGGACAGGGGAGAGUGGACAGGAGAAGGGGAGAGUGGAUCGAGAGUACCUGUUGCACUUGCUCUCCGGCAAUCAGCACCUGUAGCAGCACCACUAGACUCUACAGGUGUCUCUGCUGGCCCACCUGAGGGGGAAAUACACUCCUUACCAGCAGGGGCGAUCCCAGUGUUAUCCCCAGGGAAAAAGGGCUGUCUGCUGCAGUCCCAUCCGCACAACCUCCCACAACCCCCCUCCGACAGCCCAUCUUACUAUCGAGUAGCGCACACCCGAAGUGUCUCCUCUGAUCAGGUGACUCAGCCAGGACCAGGAUUUGCUGACUCCCAGGAGCGACAGCACGAGUUGCCGUUGUUACAGCGUCCCCGGCAGAGGGCCUCCUUGGUUUUCCCCAAGUCCGUGUUGCGGCAUACUCGAAGCCGCAGCGCGAUGAUGGCGUUUGAGUUACCGCCCCCACCACUUGGUAAUACCGGUACUUGCCUAGCGGGAUCAGAGGGGCUUAUACAAUCGCCUGGUUCGUUGUUUUCUCUCGCGCCGGGCCUUCCACCUCUUUCCCCAUGCCAUAUGGGCCGUAGGCUGAGUACUAACUUGUCACGAACAGAGGCACCUCCUUCGACGGCUGCAGGGGCUGUGUCCUCUCACCUAAUGCAGAGCAACUUAUCACACAAGCCGGUGGCUGAAUGAUGCACAUCUGAUUGCCUACACUGGUAUGUAUGUAUGGUCAUUUAUGAUUGAUACUGUCAAACAUGUGUAGUUAUCAUGUUUGUAUAGA